AUGAAUCCCACAACAAGUAUUAAUACAGAAAGGCAAUUGCCAAUCUACGGCAGCUACGAAGAGGCUAUGGUUGGUGGCUGCUCCCGUGACAAGCGCUUUGCUGGCAUCAAGUCUAAUCUUCAUCAGAGCCAACAAAGUAUCCCUCGCGGAUCGAUCAAGUUCUCUGCCAACAACUUUGUUACCCAGAGCAGUGACUCGUUCUAUAAACAUUACGAGACAUUAGAGCUCCUGGGGGAGGGAGCCUAUGGAGAGGUUUACGUUUGCCGGCAUCGAGAGACUGGCAUCCAACGAGCCGUCAAGAUUUUGCAAGUGGAAAGCGACAAAGAAGCCAGAUCUGUGCAGCGCGAGUUCAACAUCCUGCGAGAUAUCGAUCAUCCGAAUCUCCUCAAAAUCUAUCAGCUGUACGAAGAAGAAGGGACUGAUACCUUCUACAUUGUGUCGGAUCUCUACCAGGGCGGUGAACUCUACGAUGAGAUUGAAGAAUGGGGGAGUUUUGCAGAAGAAGAUGCUGCUGCUAUUAUGAACCAAGUUUUGUCCUGUAUCAACUACUGCCACACUAAUGGUAUUUGUCACCGGGAUCUCAAGCCCGAGAACAUCCUAUUAGCCGACGAUGAGAUGCACCUGGAUGACAUCAAAAUCAUUGACUUUGGGUUGGCAAGGAAGUUUGACGACUACUCCAAGGCCACCUUCAGGGACCAAGUGGGCUCUUCGUAUUACAUGGCACCAGAAGUCUUGAACAGGAAGUACGGACCAAAAUGUGACGUUUGGUCUGCCGGGGUAGUUGCUUUCAUGCUCUUGUGCGGGGAAGCUCCAUUUGAUGGCGAUUCGAUUGAGGAAAUCAUGGAAGCCAUCAAUAUUGGAGAGUAUUCCUUUGAUCACCCUGAUUUUGAGAACGUCUCCGAUGAUGCACUGGACUUUGUGCAGUGGCUCCUCAUCUAUAAUGCCUACGAACGCCCCACGGCGGCAGAAGCUCUCAAGCACCCGUGGUUAGAGCAAGCUAGAAAAAAUUCCUCCAAGGAGCUCAAGAAAAGGAAGAAGGCCAACCAGGCCGCCAAAUACCUCGGCAACUUGCAGGACUUCCAUGCUGACAGCAAGCUGAAACAAGUGACAUGUGCCUUCAUUGGAAGUCAGCUCGUUACGAAGCAAGAAAAGGAUAUUAUUGAUGAGAUGUUUCGCAUGAUGGAUAAAGAUUGCAAAGGAGAGCUUUCCAUAGAGGACCUCAAGUACGGGUUCAAAGAGAUUCUGAGGAAAGAGAUCAGUGACGAUGAAGCGGAAGAUAUCUUUCAUCGAGUCAACUACAGUGCCUCUGGAAGGCUUCAGUACUCGGAGUUCUUAGUGGCGUCAAUUGAACUUGAUGAAGCCAGGCUCCGGGCCGCCUUCAAGGACUUUGGCAAAGGCGCAGACUUUUUGACCGCUGCCGAUCUCGAAGAAGCAAUUUCAAUGAAAGAGGGAUCUGGCGCUGUCGUUGAGAAGAUCAUGGAUCAAAUCGACACAAACCACGACGGCCACAUCGCCUUUGACGAGUUCAAGACUGCCAUGGCGUCGUCACCACCCUUGGUGUCUCCGUCGGGACGAUACACUUUCAGCGGAAUCUUCACUGCUACAAGCAGCAGCAGACGAAGGAGUUCCUCCGGAAGGAGACCGAGUAUUCGAAGGACCAGCCGCAUCGAAAGGGAGCUAGACGAUCUCAAGGCAUUCUCCGAACUGACGAAGAUCGACACGAAGAUCGACACGGCUACUCCCAAGCAAGUGGCAGUCCCAGACCAACCGAACCCAAGGUCCAAAGGGAUUGACGGCAUGUUGCAAUCGCUUCGUUCGGCAUUGUUUCAGCAGAAGAAGCCCAUGGACAUCCAGACGAAACAAGACUGCAGUCCACCCCCAUCCAUUGCUAACGGACGUGCUGGGAGUCCACAUCGUGCAACAGCUGCUCAAUGA